AUGGAUGCGCUCAACCUCUUCCGCAAUGCGGUAACAGCCACGCGACUCCCGAUUCCCACAACCUCAAGCGACCCUUCUUCAGAGCCAUCUCCUUCAGAGCUCGCCGAAGCCACCCACCUCUACUUUGCCGUUCCCUCCCCGCAUUGUCUACCUCUUGAUAACAUCACUCGCUUCACACAGUCAAGUGGCGACCAAAUCGACCUACGGAGUAUCUACCUAGCAUAUCUUUGCAAGGAUGAUGCACCCCAAGAGUAUCUCCAGAAGUUUACCGAUCUCAACGCGAAGCUACCCGCAGGUCAGCAGGCAAAGCACUUGAACUUUGUUGAGAAACUUGAGCUCGUAUCGUGGCUGGAUGGCGCAGAAGGAACCGAAUUUGUGAAGCCGCUCGAAGCGACUGCCGAUGAUGUGACUGCUGCAGCCGAUGCCGCCACAGGUGCGGUGCCGGUGGUCUCAGGGACCGGAGUCGGAGUGACGCAGACGUCGGUCAACGGACGACCAGUCAAGGUGAUCGAUGCGCGGUUACAGACAAUCUAUAAUGGCGAGCGCAAGAUGGGCGAUCGCAACACUGUCUUGCGCGGAAUCAAACCUACCGACUUCUCACACGUCCGGAAACACAAGGACACAUUCCUACCGAAGAAGGACAAAGGUCGCGAUCCACGAGCAGCGAUCCCUACUCGUACCGUCAACAACCCCGCCGCGAAACCUGCGAUUGGUACAGGGAAACGUGUCGACCCUAUAAUUCUCCUUUCUCCCUCCGCUUCCUCUCUACUCCGCAUGUCCAAUAUUAAGGCCUUCCUGGAAGAAGGUCUCUAUGUGCCUUUUGAUCACGAGCGGCUGGCAAACAUGGGUGCCGCAAACCUGCUCCACUUGACCAGAAAGCUGCACAACCUGGGCGAAAAGCCCUUCCGCUUCGUUCUCGUCGAUGGCCCUGAGCAAUUCAAACCAGAAUACUGGGACCGCGUCGUGGCCGUCUUCACCACUGGCCAGACCUGGCAGUUCCGAAGCUACAAAUGGCGAGAGCCACAGGCACUGUUCGAGAGAGUGCUUGGCAUAUACGUCGGGGAGAAAGGUCAACCGGUGCCGAGUGAAGUGAAAGGUUGGGGUAGUAACGUCAAGACUUUCAUGGUGGAUCGGUGGGAUGAACGAUCACACGGGUCUGCUGUGGACCAGGAUACGAGGCUGAAGCGCCGGUGGAAGGAUAGAGAGUCUGUUGAGGAGUUGUGGCGGGCUGUUGAGGCGCAGAUGAAGAGUCAGGGCCGAUGGGUGAGGAAUUGA